AUGUGGCUGGGUGCGAAGCAGUUGGGAUUCGCCAUGUUGAUACGUAAUGAAGCGCGAGUGGGGAGGAGAAUCAACACACCACGUGACUCGCUCCCAGCCGAUGUUGAAUUAACCCUCGCCGCCGUCACCGUCGUGCCGUUGAUGCGAGGUCAAUGGGUUGUGCAGUGCGCACGACGCGGCUUCGGAGCACCCGCGAUAACGGCGACUCGCCGAGCCGCAACAUCAUGUCCACCAUGUUACCCAUCUGGAGCAUCUAGAGCAACCAUCCACAUCUCGAAACCUCCUCCCAGAAUUAAUCACCGGCCUACCAAACAGCCCAUUCAACCAUUCAACCCAGCUUCCAAACGCACCCUCUUCACCACCACCCUCCCUCCCAUCCUCAUCCCCCCCACCAUCUUCCUCGGCCUCCUCCUCGGCCUCUGGACCUGGAAAUGCUUCUGGAUCGUCCUCCUGCAAGAUAAACUCCUCUAUCUCUCCUGGCUCCCACCGCUCUCCCGCUCCGAGACCAUCGCCGCCUACGAACCCGAAUGCCGUCCCGUACAAUGGACCACGCAGCAGAUCCGCAGCCUGGACGGCACGAAACUCACCGUCUGCGAGGGCCGUCUCCCCCGCCGACAACAGCCCCCGAAAAAGACAGUAGUCAUCUGCUACUUCCAGGGUAACGGCGGCUCCACCCCGCUGCGCUUGCCGCUUCUCUCGCAGACCCUGCGGGCGCUGUCCAACGCCCCGCCUGCUUCUGGAUUCCCAGAACCAGAACCAGAGGUCGAGUACAUCAUCACCGCCCUCUCCUACCGCGGCUACUGGACCUCGUCCGGCCGCGCCUCGCAGAGGGGGAUCGAGCGCGACGCCCAAGCGUUCCUGGCGUGGGUGAUGCAGACCUACACGGCACCGGACCGAGAGGUCCGCGUGGUCCUGUGGGGUCACAGUCUGGGCUCGGCGGUUGCGACCACCGCGCUGGCGACGUAUCUUAGCAAUGGAGGUGCGGUGGCCUCCAUGACUAAGAAGCCCAGUCCUGCUGACGCUGAGGUCGCAGCAGCUCAAACUUCAUCCGCCCCCAUCACAGGCUUGAUCAUGGAGGCGCCCUCCUCCAGCGUCAAGGAGAUGCUUAUCAGCCUGUAUCCACAGAAGUGGCUGCCGUAUCGGUAUCUGUGGCCCUUCCUGUGGAACCACUGGGACAGUGUGCUCGCGUUGCGGCGGAUGGUGGCGUGGCGCGAUGGGGUUGCUGUUUCUGAGGAUGGCGAAGAUGGAGAUGCGUCUGACAGGAUCGAGACGACUCGGGAUACUGAGACAGCAACCUUGACUCAGCAAGGGAGGAGAGUGUUACCGCCCAUUCUGCUGCUCACUGCUGCGAACGAUGAGGUGAUUCCUCCGGAGGCGGCGGGGCAGUUGGAGGCGGAGGCCAGGAGGUUGGGGAUUGAGAUGGUGAGGACGGAUGUGCCCGGGGCGAUGCAUACCGAGGCACCGGUGCGACCGGCGGGGAGGAAGGCGUUGGUGGAAUUUAUCCGGGCGAGGAGUUGA